UGUGUGUGUGUGUGUGUGUGUGUGUGUGCGCGCGCGCGCGCGCAUGCAUACGUCAGUGGAACGCCCCUAUAAACCGUGAACCAUACGCCGGUGUGUGUUCGCGGGGGUGUCGGUGUGUACGCACGCGCCGGCGAGUGUGUGCGCGUCGGGGGCCCGAAGGGAGGGGCGCUGGAUGGAGACAUUGGAACCCGGAUGCUGAUGCUGAUGCUGAUGCUGCUGCUCGCGCCGGGUGACGAGACGGAGGAGGGCAGAGGGAAGGCGCUGCUGCCGACAGGGAGACAGGAAGUGUCGCGCACGCGGACGCCGGCGGCUCCCCUGCGGACAUUCAUUUGACAGCAUGUCUGGCAAGGAGCCGUCGGGGUCUCCGUCGGCCCAGUACGUCGGGCCGUUCCGACUGGAGAAGACGCUGGGAAAAGGACAGACAGGCCUGGUGAAACUAGGCGUGCACUGCGUCACCGGGCAGAAGGUGGCCAUCAAGAUGGUGAACAGGGAGAAGCUGUCCGAGUCCGUGCUCAUGAAGGUGGAGAGGGAGAUCGCCAUUCUGAAGCUCAUCGAACAUCCUCAUGUGCUCAAGCUGUACGACGUCUACGAGAACAACAGACACCUGUACCUCGUGCUGGAACACGUGUCGGGAGGGGAGCUCUUCGACUACCUGGUGAAGAAGGGACGCCUCACGCCCAAGGAGGCCCGCAAGUUCUUCCGGCAGAUCAUCUCUGCGCUGGACUUCUGCCACAGCCACGCCAUCUGUCACCGGGACCUGAAGCCGGAGAACUUGCUGCUGGACGAGAAGAACAACAUCCGGAUCGCAGACUUCGGCAUGGCCUCGCUGCAGGUGGGGGACAGGCUGCUUGAGACGAGCUGCGGAUCCCCGCACUACGCGUGUCCGGAGGUGAUCAGGGGUGAGAAGUACGAUGGCAGGAGGGCCGACGUCUGGAGCUGCGGGGUGAUCCUCUUCGCCCUGCUGGUGGGAGCGCUGCCCUUCGACCACGACAACCUGCGGCAGCUCCUGGAGAAGGUCAAGAGCGGUGUGUUCCACAUGCCACACUUCAUCCCGCCCGACUGCCAGGCGUUGCUGCGAGGGAUGAUCGAGGUGAACCCCGAUAAGCGGCUCACGAAGCCAUACAGAAGCAUCCCUGGUAUCUGGGGGGUCGCAACGAGCCGUGUCCCGAGCAGCCCCCCCCUCGGCGCGUCUCCCUCAAGCGCAUCCUGUCCCUCACCGAGCUGGACCCCGACGUGCUGGACAGCAUGUACUCGCUGGGGUGCUUCCGUGACCGCGUCAAGCUCGCGCGAGACCUGCAGCGUGAGGAGUGAGUCGGCUCAGUGUUCGGUGUCCCGUUGUCCCGGUGUCCCGGUGUCUCAGUGUCCCAGCGUUGAGCGUGCCGGUAUCAAGCUGCUCCGCGUUCCCGCGGCUCGUCUCGCUGUCCCCCUCAGAGACAACCAGGAGAAGAUGAUCUACUACCUCCUGCUGGACCGGAAGGAGAGAUACCCGAGCUGCGAGGACGAGGACCUCCCGCCCCAAAACGACAUCGACCCCCCCCGGAAGCGCGUGGACUCCCCCAUGCUGUCGCGCCACGGUCGCUGCCGCCCCGAGAGGAAGAGCCUGGAGGUGCUGAGCGUGACGGAGCAGGGCUCCCCGACAGCACCGCGCCGCGCACUGGGCAGCGCGCCGCACAGCCAGCGGUCCCGCUCGGUCAGUGGCGCCUCCACCGGACUGUCGUCCAGCCCGCUGAGCAGCCCCAGGUCGGACGCCAGUGGAAGUGUCGCUCGGCGACUCGGCGACUGGCUCCCGUGGCCUUCGCCGCACGGCACCGGUGUUUCGCCCGGCUCGGACGGGUGGCGUCAAGGCGCGUCACGUCCGCUGGAGUCCACCGGAGUCCACCGGAGCGCGGUGCGUCCGCACUCGUUAUUUGCCCCUAACUCCUGGCUCUCAUUGUCAUUCCUCCUCUCAUCCUCCUCCUCCCCUCCUCCUCCUCCUCCAUGCGUCUCGCUCCAUCAGAGCCCGGUUUUCACUUUCAGCCAAUCAGAAGUGACCGCUGCUCAGACUAAGGACCCCAAACCGAGACGUGCCACCUCCCCCAGGGCUGCCCAGUGCGCGCCCGACCAAAAAACCCAAACCCUGCCCUCAAAGGCCGCCUGCGAUCGCCCUCCCCUGCAGUCCAUGAAGUCCCUCCCGCUGCAGGCGCCCCGCCCGCCGCCGCCGCCCCCGCCCCCCCACUCGCCCUCGCCCAUCCCCCGCUUCUUCUUCUUCCCCGCCCCCUCCGUGCUCAAGCCCGCGUCGGCAGCAGCGCGUCCUAACUCUGGCCGUGCUAACACUGUGCCGCAGGUCACUGCGCAGGGCUCUCCGCUCCCCACCCCGCUCUGCACCCCCGUGCACCACCCCCAGCACCCCCCGCCUCCCCUCACCCCGCCCUCCUCCUCCUCCACGUCUUCGCGGGCCGACGCAGGUGGGGCGGGCGGCGGCUCGCUCUCCCUUACCCCGCCCUCCAGUCCCGGAGGCGGCGGGGGUGUGGCCGCCGGCAGCUCCGCCCACUGGAGGACCCGGCUCAACUCCUUCAAGAACAACCUGCUGGGCUCGCCGCGCUUCCACCGGCGCAAACUGCAGGUGCCGACGUCGGAGGACGCGUCCAGCUUGACUCCGGAGUCCAGCCCAGAGCUCGCCAAGAAGUCGUGGUUCGGCAACUUCAUCGGCCUGGAGAAGGAGGAGCAGAUCUUCGUCGUGAUCCGGGACAAGCCGCUGAGCUCCAUCAAGGCCGACAUCGUCCACGCCUUCCUGUCUGUGGGUCUCUCGUUGAGCCGUCGGCUGACCUUUGUCUCCUUCCUUGGUCUGGUCCCGAGGAGCCCGUGUCCUCAGUGUGUCUCCGUCAGUUGUGUGACAGCGCCUCCCGCCGGCAUGUUUCACUCAGUGUUGCGCCCUCACCCGACCCCGGUGCCACCUCUGUGCUGUACUGACCUGUCCAACCCUCUGCCUCUGUUCCAGAUCCCCUCCCUCAGUCACAGUGUCGUCUCGCAGACCAGUUUCAGGGCCGAGUACAAGGCGGCGGGGGGGCCCUCGGUCUUCCAAAAGCCCGUCAAGUUCCACGUGGACAUCGCCUUCUCGGAGGGGGAGAGGGAGAGGGAGAGAGCAGAGAGGCAGGGCAGGAGGCACACGGGCAUCUACAGCGUGAUGUUCACCCUCAUAUCCGGUCCCAGCCGCAGGUUCAAGCGAGUGGUGGAGACGAUUCAGGCCCAGCUCCUCAGCACUCACGACCAGCCCUCUGUACAGGCGCUCGCCGACGAGAAGAACGGACAGCUGUCCCGCAGGACCCCCGGCACCCCCGCCCGGCAGAACUCGCGGCGCUCCGAGGGAGGGGGAGACGCGAGCGGUGCCGGCGGCGGGGGCGCCGUCCCGCAGCGCCGAGCGUCUGGCAGAGACAAGGGCCGACUGCUGUCCUCCAACGGCAGCCGGUCCCAGCCCUGAGGAGGAGGUGCAGUGCGCCGCCCCGGUGGCCGAGGGCCUGCACUGCAGCCCAGCCAAGAGCCCCGACAGGAUGAACAAAAACGGCAAACUGAUUCCCUGCUAAAGAUGCCGGGGACGCACGUCACCGUCAUGUUGGUGGACUGUCCUCACUGGCGAGACGGUGGACAGCGCCAACCCCCUCCCUCUGCGCAGUGCAUAUGGUUCUCAGUGCGGCGCUCACGUUACAGGCGCACGUGGAGUUAACCGUGGUACAAAAGGUGGACUUGCAAUGCAGCGAACAGGUGUCGUUGCGACUGCGAGGAGGUUACGGUUACCGUGGAGCGAGAUGGGUUUGACACGUGUGUUUCAGGAGAAGCAGCGGGUCAAAGAUCACCAGCCGGCUGAUCGGGGGGUCGGAGCCCAUGCGGGCUGUGCGUUUUGGUGCAGAGGUGUGCGGUUAGAGACAUCCGCUUCGCUGUCCUAGACCACCGUGGUGAACCCUGCGGUCAAAGUGUACGCCAUCCACCGAGACGCUCCACGUGGACCUGUUAACGUGAGCCGACGGCACAGAGAGGGACGGCGACGCGGGGAGGAAGGACAGCGGGGUGGGGAAGCUGCGGAUUCCUCUGGUAAAACUGAGCACAAUUACGUGUCCAAAAAACGAAUUCAGAAAGUUCCUUUGAUUUAUGUAUUCGUUUAAUUUACUUGAAUUGAGAGCAUUUUAUUCUGGGGAGCUGGACGUGGCAUCGACAGCGUCCCAGUGACUGGGACGGACACACGAAACGGGGGACUUGAGCCGAGCUCCUCUGCGGCGUGGAAGAGGCCGGCGAAGCGCGGUGCUGCAGACGGGCCGUCCUUCGGCCACGGUCCCUUCGCCACUUGUCUACCUUGCACGAGGAUGUCCGCGGAAGCACAUCUGGAAGUAUCGGACGAAACGAGGCUGUCGGGACAUUGUGGGAAGCGGACAGCGUGGAGGAGGACGCCCUCCAUUUGCUCCCGUCGGACCGCUCUUUCUGAAGGCGUCCCGUACGCGAGGAGCCCUCGCGCUCAGCAUCUGACGUGAGCCUUGCAGAUGGACAAACCUGCAGUACGUUGUCCUGCAUGGAGCACUCACACACACACACACACACACACACACACACACACACACACACACACACACACCCCUGUCCAGCCUGAAACAGUGAACUACCGCAGCGCAGCAUUGGGCAGUGGGACAGCACUGCACCGUGUCCCCGAUGUCCUCAGUUUCACUUUUUUUUGAGCAUUUUACGCGUCCCAUCGGGCUCACGGCGCUCUUACACACAUAACCGUCGCCGCACCUAGGCCGUGUGCUGCGGAACACACCCCAGCAGCCUGACCGUGGUAAAAAGAUGGGCGUGUAGAGCGGUAAAAUACACUGCUCAGCUGGGAGGGCGCUGAGGGACGCCCUGCACGGAGGAAGCUAAAACUGCACCCUACGCAUGCGUGUUUCAGCUGUGAUGUUAAAAAGACCCCCAGACUUUCUGUCCCAUUACCCAGCGGCCCCCACAAAAUACACCUGCAUCUUCGCUGUCCUCUGUCCCAGCGAGCCUCACUGCGGUCGCUUUCUUUAUGACCCUAUCGUGACUGACUGUUACAGUAAUUCGUGCGGUAACUGCAGUCAGCCCCCCCCACGAUGGAAAAUGUCUCAUCGGAGACGGAUGAUGAGCACAAGAGUAAGAUGAGUGUUACGGGGACAGGGUGCCGUGUACCGCAGUUACUGUGACAGUUACUAUGGUUGCCCUGUAAAGAGAGAACCCGGAACUCCGGGCAGCGGUACCACACGGUUAUUAGUACGGUUCUAAUAAUAAACUUUGAAAACUGCCGCAAGACUCUGCUCUUCCUGUGCUUUGCUCACUUUCCACGUCUUACUGCUGUGCUUCUGAGGACACGAUCGCUGUUUUCUGGACACCCUGCUGUCCGUCGUGUCCAGAGUGCCAGUGACAUUCGUCCACCCAGCUGACACUUUUCUCCAAAGCCGCUGACCACAGUAAGGUGCCUACGCUUAUUUACCCAUGUGAAGAGUGGGCUCGUUUUUACUCCUCCCUCGCCGAAGGUCAGUAGAGCAGUAGGUGGGAUUCAAACCCAAUCCAAAGGGAGUAGCAGAUCCGACCGCUGCGAGACCGAAGGCGACGAGAAUGAAACGUUUUACACGGACGUGCGUGCAUUCGUUUCGGAGGCUUUUCCCCAAAGCGACGAACAUCUCAUAGAAAAUACCACGUGUU